AUGAAAGGAGUCAGCAGAUUUGGAAUGGUGAGCAAGCUUAAUCCAAGGUAUGUUGGAUCGUUUGAAAUUCUUGAAAGGAUUGGGAAGUCUGCUUAUAGACUGUUAUUAUCUGAUCAGAUGUCUGAUGUGCACAAUAUUUUUCAUGUAUCUACUUUGAGAAAGUGGAUAUCUGAUUCUGGAAAGAAAUUAUCUGCUGAUGAAGUGGAGAUUCAAAAGAAUCUGAAGUAUGAAGAAGAACCUGAAUUGAUUUUGGCUUAUGAUGUUCGUAAGUUAAGAAGUAAACAAAUUCCUAUGGUUAAAGUUCAGUGGAAGCACCGAACAACACGAGAAGCGAUGUGGGAGAAGGAGUCGGACAUGAGGCAAGCAUAUCCGUAUCUUUUCUGA